AAGCACCGUGCCGGCCGAGCCCCCUCCCUAUAAAACCAUCUCCGGCAAGACGUCGGCAAGCCAUCCAUCGAUCAACACCAACAGAAAUCACUUCCCACCCCGCCAACAAAAACAGACUUCCCAUUCGAUCCGCCACAAGAAAAUACUCCCAAGCUUUCGGUCGCUUUAGUUGUUCAACAGCCAACACCAUGAGCUCUCGGAUGGCCGGAGCCACGCUGCUGCGCCACCUGGGCCCCCGCCUCUUUGCCGCCGCCGAGCCGGCCUCCGGGCUCGCCGCCAGCGCGAGGGGCAUCAUGCCCGCCGCCGCGAGGAUCUUCCCCGCGCGGAUGGCCAGCACCGAGGCCGCCGCCCCGCAUGCCAAACAAGAAGAUGAUGCCGGAACACCCCAGGCGGCCGCGACUCCAGAGCAGCAGAGCAAGAAGGCCGUGGUGAGCUACUGGGGCAUCGAGCCGCGGAAGCUCGUCAAGGAGGACGGCACGGAGUGGCCGUGGUUCUGCUUCAGGCCGUGGGACACGUACCGGCCGGACACGUCCAUCGACGUCACCAAGCACCACGAGCCCAAGGCCCUGGCGGACAAGGUGGCCUACUUCGUGGUUCGGUCGCUGCGUGUGCCGCGGGACCUCUUCUUCCAGCGCCGGCACGCCAGCCACGCGCUGCUGCUGGAGACUGUGGCGGCGGUGCCGCCCAUGGUGGGCGGCGUGCUGCUCCACCUGCGCUCGCUCCGCCGAUUCGAGCACAGCGGCGGCUGGAUCCGGGCGCUCAUGGAGGAGGCCGAGAACGAGCGCAUGCACCUCAUGACCUUCAUGGAGGUGACGCAGCCGCGCUGGUGGGAGCGCGCGCUCGUGCUCGCCGCGCAGGGCGUCUUCUUCAACGCCUACUUCGUCGGCUACCUCAUCUCCCCCAAGUUCGCGCACCGCUUCGUCGGCUACCUCGAGGAGGAGGCCGUGGAGUCUUACACUGAGUACCUCAAGGACCUCGAAGCCGGCUUGAUCGAGAACACGCCCGCGCCGGCCAUCGCCAUCGACUACUGGCGCCUCCCCGCCGACGCCAGGCUCAAAGACGUCGUCACCGCCGUGCGCGCCGACGAGGCGCAUCACCGCGACGCCAACCACUACGCAUCGGACAUCCAUUACCAGGGAAUGACGCUGAAUCAGACGCCUGCGCCGCUCGGGUACCACUGAUCAGCUCAAUGGACCAUAGAUCGAUGCCUGCUCAGCCCAUCGUUGGGGUCUGAUUGGUCCUGUGAUCUGAACAAACAUGGAAACGAGCGAUUUGGUUUCCGCGUUCAUCUCUGCCUACAUGUGAACAUGGGCCAGGCCUUUUUCUUUUUUCCUUCUAUGUACGCGGUACACAAGGCUGAGUUUCAAACAAAAUUAUGAUGGCUUAGAUCAUGGUAACUAUUGCUAAUUGAUGUUUUCCUUCUAUGUAUGCAGUACACGAGGCUGGGUUUCUAAGAAAAAUAUGAUGGCGUAGAUCCUGGUAAUUAUUGCUAGUGAUUGAUAUGAUUAAAAUAGGCACAGGUUGGAGCGAGAUCGUGGUAAUUAUUGUGUAACUAUGAUGGCGUAGAUCAUGGUAAUUAUUGCUAAUUGAUAAUGGUAAAUGAUGUGAUACAACAUUGAGGCAAUCCGGUCCAUUGAGAGAUGACGGAUGUAUGGUUGAGAUGUAAUAUUUCUGCCACAACUCAAUUGUUUAA